CUUAUACUCUUACUUUCGUCAUAGAAAAUUAUUUGCAAAAACAGAAGUCCUCGUCGAAAAAUUGAAAACAAACAAAAAAACAAAUAAUAGAAAAUAUUUCAUAUUUAAAAAACUUAACAAACACUUCGGUUGUAAUAUCGUUUUUUUUGGCUAAUGGUGGCUCCUAGAAGGACAGGUUCAGGAUUAUCAUUGAUUCCAGAAGAAAAUUCUCGAAACAUGCCGUCUUCAUCCAAGAGCACGGAAAGUUUAUAUUCCAACACAUCGAGUUCAAAAGGUUCUGCAACGAUUCUUUAUAGAAGGAACGCAGCUGUUGGACGCCAUUCGGCAUUCAUUCCGGCCACAACCGAAGUUCGUCAACGAGUAUUGUCGGCCAGGCGUUUAAGGGUGAAGACAUUUCAAAACCAAUUGGCUGAUGCCCAACAGCAUAUUUCUGAGCUAGCUCACGAAAACCGAAUGCUUCGGACUUUACACAAACGACAGGAUUUGGCUUUGUCUAAAUACGAAAGUACAAAUGCUGAGUUGCCACAGUUACUCCAUUCACAUGCGGAGGAAGUGCGAGUUUGGCAAAUGAAAUAUCGAAAUCUUCAAACACAAAACAAGGAACUUCUUUUUAAAUUGAAGCAGAAGGAAAGUCUCAUUCUUCAACUAGGCGAUCAAAACAAACAUUUAACUCAACUUAACAAGGAUAAAAAUCUAGAGGAUCGACAAAGGUUGGCAGAAAAAGUCCAACAACUAGAAACUCGUCUACAAGAAAAAGAAACCGACAUGAAGCUCCUGGCUCGACGACUACAACUUGAAUCCAAAAACUCUAAAAAAGAAUUGUUCUCCGAACAAAAGAAGCGGAAAGAAGCCUUGAUACAGUUAGAAAAAGUUAAAUUAGAGCUUUCGGGUUAUGUCAAGAUUGAUGAGCUAAAUUUGAAUGAAAAACUAUCUAAGCUAUCGAUUGGUUCAAUGAGCAACAUAAACAAUGGAAUCCAUGGCUAUGAGGAAAGAAACAAUAAAUCCCAAACAGUCCUGACACCACUCGAUAAAAAAUCCAAUGAGCAAUGCGGGGACCAUACUAAUAGAUCCCUAGGUACAGAUAGGUCUGAUAUCUUUUUAAAUUCUGGAAGGACAAGUUGUCAGAAGUUGGCAGGUAGUGGUGUUAGCAAGAUGAGGACUUCAACUCACCGUGGCGGUGGAGAUGGACCCUCAGAGGAAGACCAGCUAAACUUUAUGAAAUCUGUUGAAAUUCAAAGUAACCAGGAGUCACACGUCGACCUGGAAACCUUGGAUUCUAAGUCGGAAGAUAAUAAUUUCUAUGAUGAAGAUUAUGAAGACAACGAAGUUGAUGAUAAAGACGAAGAAGAUUCAAUUGAAAAUAUUAUUGAGACAACUCCAAAACCACCAAAAGCGACGUUAGAAAAGACCCCAAAAGCCGAAGAUAUGAAUUCCAUUCGAAAGGAAAUAAACGACGACUUCAAACAACGCGAGUCCUUCCUUAACACCUUCUGUCGACAAACCACAGCCGAUACAGCCAAGAUAAAUGUGAACCGAAAAACUAAAUUACUAGCCGCACUCAAAGCCAUCGAAGGAAGUUCCUCACAGGACUGAGGGCUUUACAUCGAAGUGAGAGCUUCUGCACUCUAUAUAUUAGUAUAUUUUUGAAUACCUAUAUUUCCUUACAAAAAAUAAACAAAACGACUUUACAAAUAUACAUUUGAAAUAAAUGUAACUAGAAAUAAC